AUGUCCGUGUUUUCACCAGAUCUUAGAAUAAACGUAUUGGCUUGUUUGUACUGGCUGCUGCUGUUUGCAGCUACCGCCGAAGAUCCACUGUCACGUCAGAAACGUUUUUUGAUUUUCCCCCGUGCUAAUCCGCAACGCUUGCAGCUGAUCGGUGGAUUUGGCAUUCCGGUGGACCUCCAGCAGGAGUCAAUAACUGUUGGAUAUGUGAUAAAAUGCGUUUACUAUUUACCGUGGAACUCGUCCCAUUUGAUACCUCCUUUUCUGGAUCGCCACGAAUUCGAAACGGUUCAACGAAGAGAUACGUGGUCCGUCCCACUAGUGUUACCAGCUGGCAACAAUUGGCAGGAAGAUGGACGACUCAUAAUUUCCGGAAGUGACUCCCUGCCGCAAUCGCCACUCGCAGAAUCUCGAUGGAUAUUUUAUCGGGCCUUGGAACAAAUAUUCGAACAAAAAGGCUACGAUGGUCACAGCUGUGUAUUGCGAGCUAUUUGCGAAUCUUCUGAAGCGGCUUUUUCCCACACGAGUGGACUAAUAGGAGAAUUGUUGCACAUCAUGUUCACACCUUCAACCAGCAACGAUGAGGUGGCAGACGACGCCAGCCAUGCACGGUACCGGCAAGCAGAAAGAAUUUUGUCGAGCGUUAGUCCGCAGAACCAACAUUCGGUUUGUGAAAGCAUGUACGCUGAGUGUACCAUUUCAUUGAUUGGAUCUUUUAGUAACUAUUUGGAGCAUUUAACACAGGCUACCUGA